AAAACAUAUAUGCUAUUUUUAUGUUUGUUUUAUUUAUGUAAAAAAAAGUUAAUUUAUAUUAUAAUAUUCAAAAAUGUAAAAAAAAGCAGGGUUUUAUUUUUCUUAACAGUGACUGUGUGACUUUGUAAGAAAAUUCAAUAUGCAAUUUACAACUGAAUUUGCAAUUUGAUCAUACAUUUUUGCAAUUGAUAUUUCAAUGUGCAAUUCAGGUUUGUAGUAUAAAAAUGCAUUUUGCAAUUUAGAUUUUCAUAUGAAAAAUUACAAUUUAAUCUCACAAUUAAAAAAAAUAAAAGUUUAAAUAAAUCAAAAUCAGCUUCAUUUUAUAUUGCUGUGGGUUUUAAGUGAUAUUUAGUUGUCAAUUGAGAAUCGCACAUUUAUUUUAAUCAUGGGUAAAAAUAAAAAAAGAAAAGAAAAGAAAAUCCAACUGACGGUGCAGUGAAAGUGCCCUUUGAGGGGAUGGUUCAACAUUUAUCCAGCAGGGGGAGCUGUUGCCUUCGGAUUGGAGGGGAGCGGCUGCCGGAAAUUAUGCCACACGGGAGAACAGCUUCAAACUAUGCAACAAGCGAAACUUCUUGAGGAGAGUAAAAAAAAAAAAAAAAAAAGGAGGCGACGUCACACGUGACUUUCCGGAACUCCAGUCUCUCUUCGAGGUCAGUUUUAUGCCCGGCGUGAAACGCACGCACAACGUGCUGCUCGGAAACCCGAACCUUCACUCUGAAUGGUGCGACCCCCCUCAGAGGCUGAGUUGGAGCUGCCAUUAUGAGAUGUCGUCUCCCAGCGUUUCUUUCGUGCAGAUCAGGUUCGAUGACAUCCACUUCUUUGAGAACUGUGGCGGCGGCAGCUUUGGAAGCGUGUACCGAGCCAAGUGGGUCUCCCGGGACAAAGAGGUGGCGGUGAAAAAAUUGUUGAAGAUUGAAAACGAGGCUGAAAUCCUCAGUGUACUGAGUCAUCGAAACAUCAUCCAGUUUUACGGUGCAAUCGUUGAAGCCCCCAACUAUGGAAUUGUCACAGAAUAUGCAAGUGGCGGCUCCCUUUAUGAUUACCUCUCCAGUGAGGAAAGCGAGGAGAUGGACAUUGGACAAAUCAUGACGUGGGCUGCAGAAAUCGCUCGAGGAAUGCACUAUUUACAUUCAGAGGCCCCAGUCAAAGUCAUCCACAGAGACCUUAAAUCCAGAAAUGUUGUUUUAACUGCGGACAAAAUUCUCAAGAUCUGUGAUUUUGGGGCCUCUAAGUUUCUGACCCACACCACACAUAUGUCCCUGGUGGGCACGUUUCCCUGGAUGGCUCCAGAGGUGAUCCAGAGCCUCCCUGUGUCUGAGACCUGCGACACUUUCUCUUAUGGAGUGGUUCUUUGGGAGAUGCUGACUCGGGAGAUUCCGUUCCACGGGCUGGAAGGUCUUCAGGUGGCGUGGCUGGUGGUGGAGAAGAACGAGAGGUUAACCAUCCCAAGUAGCUGCCCUGUCAGCUUUGCUGAGCUAAUGAGAAAGUGCUGGGUAACAGAACCAAGAGGGCGGCCAGUGUUCAAGCACAUCCUCUCCACUUUGGAGUCCAUGUCUAAAGACAGAAAACUUCCUCAACAGUGCAACUCUUUCCUUCACAACAAGGCUGAAUGGAGGUGCGAGAUUGAAGCGACACUCGAGAGGCUGAAGAAACUGGAGAGAGACCUGAGCAGUAAAGAGCAGGAGCUGAAGCAGCGAGAGAGGCGCCUGAAGAUGUGGGAGCGCAAGCUCAUCGAGCAGUCCAACAGCCCGCUGCUGCCCACUCUGGACAUAUAUACCUGGACAGAGGAGCAGGUGUAUUUCUGGAUGCAGCAGGUGUUUGGCACAGGGGACGGGACGUGUGACAUGCAGCGCUAUGCGGACCUCUUUAAAGAAAACCACAUCACAGGAAAGCGCCUGCUGCUGCUCACUGAUGACGACAUGCGGGAUAUGGGGGUCAGGUCGAAAGGUCACGCCAUGCACCUAAAGGCUGAAAUUGAGAAGCUCACCAACGACUAUCUUGGGUUUGUCCACUUCCCUCCACUGCUGAAGGACGAGCUGGAAAAGGAGGUGGAGCAGAGUAAAACGGUGAACCUGGAGUUGGUGUUUGGAUACCACUGGAAACCAGGAGCCGGAGCCUCAGACUGCAAGUGGAAAGCAUACCUGGAGCUGGACGGAGAUGAAAUUGCUGUAACGUACAUCAAAGACGUCAUCUUUAAUGCCAACAGACAGGAUGUGGAGGUCUUGAGGAUGACUAAGCCACCGUUCGUGAUGGACAAAUGGGUCGUUGGGUUACAGCAGAACCAGAGAGUGGACUACACAGUUAAUUACGAGAACGAUGUCAAGUCACCAAAGAGUACUAGACACAGCUGCUUGGUGGUGUGGAGUCACAGUGGUGGGCAGGAUGAGAUCAAGACCGUGGAGUUGGUGAUUGAGACGGCCGCAUCUCACAACGACUGGAACACCAGUGAAAAAACGCCUUCAGAUAUUGAUCCAAAAUGGAUGCACAAUGUCAGACAGAGACAGAUGAUGACCCAGAAAUCGCAGCAGAAGACCACUCCGAUGACCAGUUCUGACGCCCGCACACUUCCCCAGUUCCUCUCAGCACACGAAAGCCAAGAGUCUUCUUACGCCGCGGCGGUGCGGCGCUCUCCAAACCGCUUCCACGCCUCUCCUUGGUCGGACUCUCGCAGCUCCUCGCCAACCGCCAGCUUGUCGGCCAAACUCUCGCCGAUCAGCCUGGGGUCAAAGGGCAGCAGUCCCUCCAGCACUACGUCCGAAAGCACCUUAGAAAGAGAGCGCCCCCGCAGCGCCGGAACAAUGCACAACCGCCACAAAAGCAACUACUUCAGCAACACGUUUGCCAACAGGGGGAGGGAGACAAGAGGGACCGGUAAUAGAGGAGGCUACUUUCAAAAUAAAACCGGCAGAACCCCACAGCAGCCGGGCAGGCCUCGCUCCAACAGCUACAGCGUCUCCUCACAGAACCACCCGCCCAUAAUCCCGGGGAUACUGUCCGUGACCGGAAACCCCAGCGAGGAACGGGAGGAAGGCAAAGCCAGCGACGGAGGCUGGAUCAAAGUGGAGCGCCAAAAAAAAGUCCAACGUCCGGACAACAAACAAACCAAAGGUCGACCUGCUCGAAGAGGCAGCAGAGGAGGGCGUGGCGCUGGGGGGAGAACUUGAGGAGCUUUACUAAAAAAACACUUUUAUAAAACAACGAUUUUCCAAUCUCAUACCUAAACAUUAAUUGUAUCAUGCUACAGAAAAACUAUUUUAUGUCUGUGUAAAAAACAAAAAA